AAGAAGCGCGAGUCGUGUAUCUAAAUCAUAGAAUAAUGUUACUCUUUGAUCUACAUUAUAUAGUGCAGUUGUGAGUUUAACUGAGUCGCCAACUCAUGUAAAACUGAUUAGACUCGUCCAAUUAAGAGUCGACUAGACCAUAAACUACAUGUUCCUACUAAAUUAUAACUUAAGAAAUCACUUCAUAAACAUUGUUUGCGCAACAAUCAAUCAUAACACGUGCUUCAGAGAACCGUUGUGAGUUAACAGCUGUGGACAAAACCAAUGAUGUGUAUAUCUUAAACAUUUUUUUGACUAAUUAUGUACACUUGUGAUGUAGAAUGUUCCAGAAAAAAAAAAAAGAUGAUGAGGGAUUGUUCAGAAGAAAAUAAUAAAAUCAAAAAUAAAGGUACUAUGAAACGAGCGUGGCGGGAUGAAGAUGAUGAAACAGAUUCAAGCAAACAAUAUAAAAAGCUCUUGCAUCAGAAAUAUGUUGGAAUUGUUGGUAAACCAAAAUGGGCUAAAAUUACUGCAAAAGAUUCUGAAAAAGUAUUAUCCAAUAAUGACGAAGACUUAGAUUUACUAAAAUACAGUGGAAAUUUGGCUCGAACAAAAAAAGGUGUCAACUUGGCUAAAGGUUUGAUUGGUAUAAAAAAAUUACACAAUUUAAAUUUGUCCACGUCGACAUGUGGUAAAAUUGUUAAAACUGUAGAAUUCCACCCUACAUCAAGUUUGGCGUUAAUUGCUGGAAUCUCAGGAAGAGCUUCAAUAGUUCAAGUUGACGGAUUUAACAAUGAAAAACUACAAUCUAUUAAGUUCCAAAAGUUUGCUAUUGAUUGUGCUCAUUUUACUGUUGAUGGUAAACAGUUUAUUGCGGGUUCAAGGACUCAAAGAAAUUUUUAUUGUUACGAUUUAUUGGAAGGGAAAUCAAUGUUCAUUCCUGUUCACCAUAGUAUUGGACAAACUAAAAUGGAUAAUUUUUGCAUGUCGCCUGAUGGAAAACUAAUAGCUUCUAGCGGCAAGUAUGGAGAAAUUCAUCUGUUUACUGCUAAAAGCAAAGAAUGGAUUACUACAUUAAAGAUGAAUGGCACAGUUAAUGCUCUAACAUUUAAUAGUGAUGGAAAGAGAAUGUAUUCCUUUGGAGAAAAUGGUGAAAUUUAUGAAUGGGAUAUGAACAGUCGACUGUGUAUAAAAAAGUUUAUGGACGAUGGCUGUCUCCAAGGCUCUAGUUUAGCUGUAUCAGGUGAUGAUCAGUAUCUGGCAGCUGGUUCAUCGUCAGGUGUAGUCAACUUAUAUAAAUUACCGUGUGAUGUAAAUCCAAAACCUGAGAAAACCAUCUUGAACUUAGUGACAACAGUUACAAAAUUAAGCUUCAACAAAAGUUCAGAUAUUCUAGCAAUGGCUUCUAACCAGAAAAAUGAUGCUGUUAAAUUGUUACAUGUGCCAUCCAAAACAGUAUUCUCUAAUUUUCCUACAACAUCUGAUAAUGUUGGAAAAGUGAAUUGUAUAGAUUUCUCUCCAAAUGGUGGAUAUCUAGGAUUAUCCAAUAAUAAAGCUGAAGCUCUUUUGUACAGGUUGACACAUUUCCAAAACUACUAAAAUUACCUAGUUUAAGCAAUUAUAAAAAAAAAAUUUCAUCGGUUAUUUAAUAUAAUAAAAUGAUCACAGUUACUUUUUAACGUUUGUUUCUAUGCAUAAUACAAUUAUGUAAAAAAAAAAAAAAAAAA